GCCGUUCGGCAGCAGGAGGCGCGCUGCGCGAAAGCUGAAUCAAAACAAAACGAAUUUUGCAGAGAGCACGGGGCAGUGUAUGGUUGCCGCGUCAGCAGCAGGCAACACCCGGCGCGCUAUCGAGCGCAGCAGCAUCACCGCCGCGCAGAAAGCGCUGGAAAGAACGAAGGAGGAGCUGGCCAAGUAGGAAAAGUGAGGAAGAGAGUAAAGCUGGUUGCAGCAUGGCUCUGGAGUUUGUGCGCGAGAAAGACGAGGAGCGCAAGUCGGAGCGGGCAUGGAGACAGCAGGCCGAGCAGGAGAAACAGCAGGCCGAGCAGGAGAAACAAGCCAUUGGGCGAGAGGAGUCGGCGGUGGCGGGACAGCGCCAGGCGAAAGAGAGAACCCGCGCCAUGGAGGAGGAGUUGGCCCUUCUGAAAGACCUGGUGAAAAAGCUCCGCAAAACCAACGUGAGCCUCUUCAAGUCUGCCGGGAAACCAAUCGUCGCCGAGGAGACGCAACCCGAGCCAGAGGAGGGCAGCAUCCGCAGCCUCGAAGACGAACUCUUGCUCGAGAAGGUCAAGGCGGAAAGACUGCAGCGGAAGGUGGACUACUUGGGGCCGCUGGUGGAGGGGCUCAAGCGACAAGUUUCGAGCGAGAAAAAAAAGACGAAGAGAGCCAAGGCGCGCGUUGAGAACCUCAAGGCUAACGAACCGGAAGAGGAACCGGAGCAAGCGGCACCUGGGGAGGAGAAGGGAGAGGGCGGUGGGGAGUUGCUCUCUGCAGAGGACGAGAAGAAGGUGCUGAUGCGCGCCAUCAAAAAGAGGCUCAAACCCGGCGGAAAAUUUGGUGAGACUGCUGCACGGCUGUUUAAGAGCUUCGUGGAAGGGGGGGUGUCUCUCAACAUGACUCCGCAGCUGCUUCAGCCUACCUCUACCGUGUUCCACGCCACGGGUGUACAAUUGAAACAAGAUCUCAACAUCACGUGUGCGCGCAACACGGUAAAGGUUCUCGCUCUCGGCAUUACGCAGCUCGAUGGCGAGGAGUUGGUCAAAGCAGUUCUCAGGGCGCCCUUUUUGUUGAUUGCGGAUGACGAGUCGCUCCGCAACGAGGACAAGAAGUUCCCUGUCUUCGUCGCUUUUCACGACGUGGAGGCGGACGCGCCGUGGUUUGGCCUGUUGCGCGUAUGCAGCAUGAAAGACAAAACGGCAGAAACGCAGGCUCAGCUGUUUUACGAAACGAUCGUCGACACGCUUGGCUACCCAAAACACCAGGUGCUCUUCGUCUUGAGUGAUAACACCGCAUCUGUUUCCUCCGAGGGGAAGGGUUGUGUGAAGCUGUUGCAGAGAAAGCUACGGGGUGAGGACACCACCAAGAAACCCCCCACAAGAGCUACAGGGGGAGCCAGCAGCAAUAGUGCGGGGCGGGCGGGGUGGGCGGGGCGGGCGGUCGGGGUGGGGCUGCGGGCAAACAAACGCAGUAAAGCCAGCGGCGGCGGCGCCGCCGCCGCCCCCAAAGGAACGGACAAAAGGCAACGCAAAGAGAAAGGCGAAGGAGGGGAGAAAGGGGAAGGGAAAGGGAAAGCAAAGGCGCCGCCUCCUCCAGCAGCUACCAGGACGAGUGGUCGCCAAAGGACGCAGAUAUUGAAAGCCAAGGAGGGAGAUGGGGGGGGCAGCUCGGAAGAGAGCGGGUGUGAGAGCUGAAUAAUUUCAGAGGUGGUGUGCAGCUUUCAGUCGUUUGAUACGUGAGCUCUGCGAAGAUGCUCUCGUGCCUAGCUGCAACGUUAUGUCAUGUGUUGGAUGCGUUGUGUUGUGUGCAGCUCGCAUGGUAGUGGGGGGGAUUGUUAUCGUUUGUUUCCUUCGGCUUGGCGUGAGGUGUUCGACGUUUGGUUGAAGUUAAACGAAAAUUAGCGCGAUUUUUGAUGCGUCCUCUUGCGUAUGAGCACGCACGACUACACGAGUGUUGAAAAGCAAGAUGGUGUGAGAGACAACAUACGGUCGGUACCCGACCUUGUCGGUGCAGCCGCCUGAGCUGCAGCCUUCGCUUGUACACAUGGUGGUGCACACGGAGAGGCAGAGUGAAAACAUGACUUGCGAUUUUGAUUUUGUUCAACGUUGUAAAAUCC